GACUUAGUUUCAUAACAAAAGUGAUUAUUUAUCAACAGAAUCUGUUCUAAUCACGAGCGAGAGCAAAAGUUUCAUUUCUUAAAUUUUAUUAUAGACUGCUCAUGUUAAGGACAACAUUUUAUUUUUGUUCCAAGUUUUUAUCCUCCCAUUAAAGUAUACUCUUUAAACUAGUGCUUUUUUCGCGAAAGAUUUUUGUGAUUUUCUUGCUUUAAUUAAUGAUUUAAGAGAUUUGAUAAGUGUUAAGACUUCCUCAUGACCACAGAAAAUUUAGUCACAGUUGAUUUCGAUUCUGAGAUAGCGAAUAACAAUAAUGAGAUUGAUUUGAAUACGAAAAGUUAUAAUAAUUGCAAUUACCAAAGUCAGGAAAUUGAUUUUAUCCCAGACGUUUCCUUCAGCGACCAACAAAUCAGUCUGGAGGAGACGGAUAGGAUUCUCAGCGAGUCACAGCCUUUGUUGGGUUCUGAUCAUCAUGACCAUAUAACAUACAAUCAGUUUCCAGAUGAUCCACAUUUCAGUGAUUUAGUGUAUCAAGCCGAAAUAGCCAUCGAUGCCGGUAUCUAUCCAGAUAGGAUCUAUCAAGGAAGUAGUGGGUCGUAUUUUGUGAAAAAUCCUGCAAAUAAAGCGAUAGCAGUUUUCAAACCCAAAGAUGAAGAACCGUAUGGGCGGUUGAACCCAAAAUGGACGAAAUUGUUUCAUAAACUUUGUUGUCCUUGUUGUUUUGGACGAGCUUGUUUGAUACCAAAUCAAGGCUAUUUGUCAGAGGCUGGGGCGAGCUUAGUUGACACUAAACUCAAUCUCCAAAUUGUACCUAAGACAAGAGUCGUUCGACUGGUAUCAGAAACAUUCAACUAUCCACGCAUCGAUCGACAAAAAGCGAAAAUCAAAAGAACAAUUAAAGAAAGAAUGCCAGCUGCAAGAUUUAAACGAAUGACACUGCCGCCAAAAGUUGGAUCGUUUCAACUUUUUGUUGAUGGUUAUAAAGACGCGGAUCAUUGGCUUAGGAGAUUCGAACAAGAACCACUUUCAACUCACAUGGCUCAAAAAUUUCAACUUCAAUUUGAGAAGCUUGUCGUACUUGAUUACAUCAUCAGAAACACCGAUCGUGGCAAUGACAACUGGCUGAUAAAAUUUGAACAACCUUCAGUUUCAACUUCUCUUAAUGGCAGUGCAAAUUCUAUUAAUAAUAAUUUUAUAAAUCUUGCAACAACAAAUGGCAAAAAUCACAAUAGAAAUCCACCAUCGAUCUCACGACAUGAAACUGAUGACUGGAACAUGAUUGAACUACCUGAAAUUCAAAUUGCGGCAAUUGACAACGGACUUGCUUUUCCUUUUAAACAUCCCGACUCAUGGCGUGCUUAUCCUUAUCACUGGGCUUGGCUACCACAUGCGAAAGUUCCAUUCAGUCAAGAUAUUAAGAAUCUUGUUCUUCCUUCACUCUCUGAUUUGAAUUUUGUUGAGGAUUUGUGCAACGAUCUAUUGGAGUUGUUUAAGCAAGAUAAAGGAUUCGAUCGUGGAUUGUUUGAAAAGCAAAUGUCUGUGAUGCGUGGACAAAUCUUAAAUCUUACACAAGCUCUCAAAGAUGGCAAAAGUCCAGUUCAGCUUGUGCAAAUGCCUGCGGUUAUUGUAGAACGAUCAAAAAUAAGUCAAGGAUCAACACGAUUUGGAUCUUUUCGUCAACAAUUUCAAAACAAAAGUCCGAUUUUCUCGUGGUGUUAGUAUCUGACGAGUCAUUCAUUCAUUCAUCAUCAUAAUCAUAUCUUCUUAUUCAUCGGCCUUAAUAAUAUCAUCUGCAAGUUUAUUGUCAUAAGUGUCAACAGUUUAUAAAAUUUCUUUGGGAUUCGGAAUGUCUUCAUCAGUCCCUGAACUGAUCAGAUUAUAAAUUUUAUUUUAAUAAUGGAAAAUUGUUAGAGAAAAGUUUAAAAUUCUCGAGAAAGAAAUUCCAAUCCAUAAUUCUUAGAUAGUUUCAAGAUUUAUUUAAAGGAAAAGAAUAAAAGUGAAAGAGAAAGAUAGAGCGAGAGCGAGAGAGAAAGAUUAUUAAAAUAUUUAUUGAUCAUACACACACACACACAAAUAUUUAUGUAACUAAAAAAAUUGAUUAAAUAUAAUGUGAAGCAUUCCAAUUGACGGCUGUUAUUGCCUGAUAAGAUUUCACCUUUUUCUUUAUUUUAAACUUUCUCAUAAGAUUAAAGUUUCUUGUUUUCCGCUUGUAAUUAAACUGCUAAACGCCUUGCGGAAUUUCUUUGCUUUUCCUUCAUGUUUUGUAAAAAUAUUUCGCUUUCCAAAUAUUUUCUUUAUUUAUUCGAGUUUAUUUAACAAUUUUUAACAUCAUUAUUGGUCGUGAAAAUUUCAAUCAAUAAAUGAUAUCACAAAGUCAUAAAAGUUUCAUGCUUGAUCAAAUAAAUUCAAGUGAUAAAAUUGAAUUUAAAGCUCUUACGUAGUUAGAUAAUUAAAAAUAUAAUCGAGGAUUUCUGACAUCAAAUUAAAGCUGAGACAUUUCUCUACUUUUGUUUUGACAUUUUUAAUUUUAAUUUAUUAAAUUAUGAAAAAUAAAGAAUGAAAUUAUGCAAAAAAAUCAACAAGAAGCUUUUGGAUAUUCUUCGCAUGGCAUUUCACAGCAAAUUUUGUUUUCAUCAAUGAAAC